CGGACUCCAAGAAAAACACACAACAGUUUUACACCGACGAGUGGCGGUCUUCACCUCUCUUCAUGCAAAUCAAGCAGCCAUGACAAAAUGGGAGAUUAAUCGACACAUUUAGCGCCUGAUGAUGCUUCCGAGCCCGGUUACAUCAACGCCGUUUUCUGUGAAGGAUAUACUGAAACUGGAGCAGCAAUCUCGCCACCUUCAAUCUCUGCAUCCCGCGCAACACCACGCACAACUGCAUCCGGAACUGCAGGAGAGAUUUCAGGCACCAUCAUCCUGUUUUCUCGGAGGUGGAGACAGCCCAGGCUUCUCAGACAACGACGAGAAGAUGUCUUUUCUGAACUCUCUGUCCAUGCAGGAUAGUUUAGUGGAGAGCAGCCUUUCCCCUCCGAUGUUCGUCCAUCCGGCCCUGGGACACGUCGACACUAAACUUGAAGAUGAACUUGAGGACCACGAAACGAAAAGCUGCGGUGCUAUCAUCAGAUCUCCGGAGUGUGAGGGUGAGGUGCACUCGGACACGGAGCGCUCGCAGCGGCAGAGGACACGCAGGAAGCCGCGGGUUCUUUUCAGCCAGGCGCAGGUCUUCGAGCUCGAACGGCGCUUCAAACAGCAGCGCUAUUUAUCGGCUCCCGAGCGAGAACAUUUGGCUAGUACCCUGAAACUGACAUCCACGCAGGUCAAAAUCUGGUUCCAGAACCGCAGAUACAAAUGCAAGCGACAGCGUCAAGACAAAACACUGGAAAUGGCAGGACACCAUCACCCGCCGCCGCCCAGGAGAGUAGCGGUGCCGGUGCUAGUCCGGGAUGGCAAACCGUGUUUAACGGGAUCACAGAGUUACAACGCCACGUACGCCGUGAACCCAGGCCCUUAUACAUAUAACGGCUAUUCAUCUUAUAAUAACGCCGCCUACACAAACCCUUACAGCUGUACAUACCCCAGCCUUCCUCCUCUUCCAGCAAACACAUCCACUAAUGCGCUGAUGAGCAUGAGUCUGAACAACCUCGGAACAUAUUCCCAACCUCAGACAUCACAAGGGACCCCCGUGUCGGCGUGCCAAGGGACUCUGCAGGGCAUUCGGGCAUGGUAGUGCCAUAGCAAUACCCACCCGUCUGUAUAUAAAUGGCAACUUUACAAUAUUAGCACACAGUUAGCCAUGUUUUAUAGGCCUAGGGUCCUGUAUAGUCUACCUUUUCAGUAUAAACUUGAGUGAAUUUCUUCUAGCAACCCUUCCGUGAUGGCUGAACCAAUGCACAUGAAUAUUCAUAGCAAUUUUUGACCACCUAUUUGGGCAAGAUACUCCCCGAACAUUUGCGGGUCUAACUUCAGACUGGCACCGUGGUAUCAAGGACAGUUGUUUUCUCAUUCAUUGCACUUAUCGAUGAAAAGUUAUUACCUAAGAAAUGUUACGAAUAUUGACAACGGUGUGUGUGAUUUUGUGCAAACCUACAUUGUAAAAAAUAAAAACAGUAAACUUUAUUUUUAAGAAGGUCAUGAUAAAAUGUUUACUGUUUGAUACACGGGACGUACCCAAAAUCUACAUUAUAGUUUAAAGAGCAUUCAAGUUAAAGAGAGUAACAAAAAGAUACCGAAUACGUAAUUCAAGACGCAAAAAGGUUUUAAUACGAGGUGCAAAAAUUCACAGAACAAAAAAUUGCGCCUAAUUCGGUUUUCCCCAAAAUACUGCGUAUGGUAGUUAUUGCUAUAUCCACAAUAUGAGCAAUAACCUACAAGCCAAAAUGUUCUUGCAAUAUUUAAAAAAAAAGUUUCGUUAAUAACACGGUUCUGAAAUAAACUUACGUUUGAAAUAAAUUAGCUUAUUUAUUUUAUUAUAGGUUACAUUUAAACAUUUAUGAUUAUUAAUACUCACGAGAAUAAUUCGAAUUUUUCGAAUCUCCCAAACACAUCCUCAUUUAAAUGGCACUUGAAAAUGUUUGUAUAUUAACGAUAGAUUCCAACGUUUCCUAAACUAUGCGCACACUUGAACUGAUCUUUUUGCUUUUGUUUCCCAGCUUUUUAAAGACAAAGGGGUCACAAAAUGAACGACGAAUGAACGAUUUUUUAAAAAAAAUACACACACUAUAGCAGAGAAUAAAGCGUUCUGGUAAAAACUGCUUAAAAUCGAUAGCUUAAUCCACGCUUUACAAGUCAGACAGGAAGUUAAAAGUUAAUUUAGGCCUGUUUUGUUAAGCAUGAUGAAUUGCGCUUGAAGUAAGGUUUUUUUUAUAUAACAAUUUCACAAGAAAUGCAAUUGGUUUAAAAUUACAUUCAUUAAUAAACAAUGUUAGCUUUCCCUACUCCUAUUUCUUUUUCCUCCAAUGGCAGGUUUCAACCUUCUCUAGCCUACUCAUUGCAAGUUGUUAAACGAUGUAACUGAGCUUAUAAUGACACAUCGUGCUUAACCA